GCCAAAAUGGGAUACGCGGAGUUUGCUAAUAAGAUUGACUCAGCAUAUUUUAUUAUUUCAUUAUAAAAAAAUAGGUAGGAAUAACGCGAAUUGGUCCUCUUUUUUUUCCCUUUUUGUCUUUAUUUUCAUAUACAAUUAUGCCUCUUGAUAAGAACGAUCCUUCUACUUUUAAUCAUAAAUAUGCUACCGUGAAUGGUAUUCGUAUGCAUUAUGUGGAUGAAAACUCUUCAAGUCAAAAACCUUUACUUCUUAUCCAUGGUUGGCCUGAUCUUUGGCUCGGCUGGCGUGAACAGAUUCCUUUCCUUGUUGAACUUGGUUAUCGUGUGAUUGUACCUUCCUUGCGUGGUUUUGGUGAAACAGAAGCACCUGAAUCACAUGAACAUUACGGCAUGGGCGUCAUUUCUCAAGAUUUACUUGCUUUGAUGGAUCAUUUGGCAUUACCUACUGUGACAGUAUUGGCUCAUGACUGGGGAGGUGCUGUGGCCUGGCGAUUUGCACAAUUCUAUCCUGACCGUGUUCUUGCUGUGGGUAGUUUCUGUACACCUUAUUCACCACCUGCUCGUGUCCAUAUUCCUUUGGAAAAAGUAGUGGAAGUGCUUCCUAACUUCAAGUAUCAACUGUAUUUGGUAACUCCUGAAGCUGAAAAGGAUAUCAAUGAAAAUACUGCCAACUUCUUUGCUCGUAUCUUCCGUCCUAUUGCCGAAGCUUCCAAGGAUCCUUUGAUUGACCCUCAAACUGGUACUUUACAAGCUGGACGAUCUGUUGUUCCAAAAAGUGAUGUUAUUUCUCAAAAGGUGUUUGAUUAUUAUGUCAAGGCGUAUCAACAAGCUGGUGCCCGUGGUGGUUUGAACUGGUACAAGCAAUCAUUCAACAACUAUAAUCAAUGCAAAGAUUUACCCGAUAAUGUUACACAGCCUGCAUUAAUGGUUGUUGCCACUCUCGAUCGAGCAUUGCCACCUUCUAUGUCUGAAAAAAUGAGUGAAUAUAUUCCAAAUCUUGACAAGCUUACUGUGGAAGGUGCUGGUCAUUGGGUUCUUUGGGAAAGACCUACUGAAUGCAAUGAUAUUUUGAAGAGUUGGUUAACCAAAGUUUAUCCUAUUGAAUCAUCUCCAAAGUUGUAGUUAUAGUUGUUAUAGUUUAUUUUUUUUAUUAUUUUUUUUUUUUUUUUGGUAUUGAAAUAAAACGAACGAUUCGAUUGGGC